GUAACUUGACAUCAUGCUGACGAACUUCCCCCUUUAAAAGCUUUUAAAGCGAUUGCUCCAGCCCUCCAGAUUCCAUUUUGAGGCCUCUUAACUAAGCAUGGGGGGAAGGGCAGCAGAGGCCUGUCUCUAGCACACACAAGCACAUGCUUGAGAAAGCAAAGUAAGGCCAGGAAAACAGACUGCACUGAGAAAGAACCGAGCUUAAAUCAUAAACCCGAGCGAAAGGUCCAUAAUCUGUUCUUAAAAUGGCCUCUGAGGACCUCUGCUUCAGUUACACAGUGCCAGGCUCCAACGAGAAGCACAGGAGGGCUCGUAACUGGACGGAUUCUGAGAUGAAAGCUCUUGUGUACAUUUGGGAAGAGUAUGUGACAGAGCUCAAGAAGGCUAAGCGCAACGCGAAGAUCUACGAGACGAUGGCUAAGCAACUUUAUGAAUUAACCGGCGAACAGCGACACAGAGAAGAAAUCAAGAUGAAGAUUACCAACAUGACUUUCCAAUUCAGGCAACUGAAGUACACAGCAAAUGAAAGCAAUGCUACACCUGACUGGCCAUACUACAAAUCUAUUGAGAGGAUCUUGUCAAAGGUACCAGACCAUGCCCAUAUGAGCCCACCGAACCUCUCGACGUCUGGCCCCUCCACUUCUCAGCUCGAGACUUCUGUGCCCCAGUCGGCUCCACCGAGUGGGUUUCUACCCGAGUACACUGGCUCCUCAGAGGAGAGGGAAAUCAACGAUGAGGAGGAAGGCCUAACAGAGAACUCUGAGAGUUCUUUUGAGACCAGGUCACAGCCACGUAAACGGCGGAGGCUUUCACAUGUGUCACUGCGCCGAAAGAAGCUGCGUGUCCUGGAUGCAAUGCUUCAGGAGCAACGCAGGAUAAGCCGCGCCGUUGAGGAGGCAUGUCAUGAAGUUCGCCGAGUUAUGCAUCAGCAGAACUUCCUGCAGGUGCAGAGCCUCCAGCUUCAGGAGCGAAUGAUGAACCUCCUGGAGAAGAUGAUUCCUGCUCCAUCUGCCCCUUCUUGGCCUAACCCACCAGUCUCAAAGAGUUUAGGAACACCUACAACUGAGUGACAGUGACCUCGGGAUACGGGAUAUGGACCUUUUUUGUGUUUGCAGAGGAAGCGUUGCUAUAUGCUAUCUAAGUAUAUAACCAACUAGUUAGAUGUUCAUUUUAGACCUGUUUAGGUU